UAUUCAUUAUCUCAGCGAAAGAAAGAGAGAGAGAGAGGGGGGGGGGGGGGAAGAGAAAGAGAGAGAUACUUUUUGCGAGUUCAUCAGUGAGGAGAUUGAGAAAGGUUGUUUCACAGCUGACCUCACGGUGAUGAUGAACGUGAUAUAUUGUGAUUAAAAAAAAAUCUUGAAAUAUAUAAAAUAAUAAUCGAAGGCUUACGAAUGGUAUGAAGAGGGAUUUGAGAAACGAAUGUCAUUCAAAAGAAAAUUAUUCGUCAUACGGCGUGAGGAGUGCUGAAGAAAUUGAGCUACUGACACUUUGCGCGCGAAGACUGCAAGCGGAGUAAUUUCUUUGAGUCCAUGAAAAAUUACUUUUUUCUUCAACUCGACAAACUUGACAGUACAUAUAUACACGUGUGUGUACUCGAGGCAGCUUCUGGACAAUUUCGUUGAGCGCGUGCAAGUAAUCUGUGCCACUUAAUCGCUCUUUAGCGUGGAGCUUUAACUCGAGCUAAUUGCAAGAUAAAUUUUGCGAGAAAUGAUUUCACUGUUAAUCGCAACGUGUAUGAGCACUGGGUAAGUUUCCGAUGAGUGAAUCAAGAGGAAAGUGAAUCGAGAGGAACCCGAGAAGCUAAUCGCGAUCAAUCGUGUCGCGAAAGGCUGUAGAUGCUUCCGCUCGUCAUGCGAUAACUCCGGAAUCUACUGCGAUUUGACAAAAUCAUUGUAUUUGCAGCUAGAUGCGACGAAACUUAAUCAAGACUAUACACGUGUUUAAAAUGCAUCGCGCGUGAAUGACAUGGUACGGGCAUGCCAAUAUUCGCGUCGGUGUUGUCGGAUCUCUCACGGCAUUACUGUUGAGGUGUCGGAAAACGUUGUUAAGAUAAACAUUGUUGAUUCUAUUUUUGCGGCCGUUAGACAGCUAAAAGUUUUCCCAAUGCGGCUUUGGUGGUAUUAAGAAGGAUUAAGGUUUGUCUACGACGCGCGUCAAUUCUCUUGUGCAUACACAUCAGUGAUCCUCUGUGAUUUCGCGUUACAUCCUAAGAGCAAUAAACGAAGCAAUCAUAAAGUGUAUUAAAGCAGCAUUAUUUUGCGACUAAUCGGUUUGUUUCCUUGGAAAGAGAAUCGACGAUGCGUAUUUAUGAAGAAAUAAUUUUGGGAUUGAAAAACCAUUGAUCGUUGAAGGCUUCUAUUUUCUGUUAAGAAGAAAAUUAUCAAAAUUUGAAUAAAUAAUAAGAAAGAUUAAAAAAUAAUAAGGAUACGUUUUUUGAGUGAUAAUCAUUGAUAAGGAAUUACGAGCAGUGCUUGUACAAGUGCUUUCACAAAUUUCGUUGUACUAUGUGAACGUAAGUAACAUUUUAAUGGAGACAGUAGGUAGUUUUAUCAUGGUUGCGCUAUUGAGUGGAAUAUUUUAGAGAAGCAUGAAACAAAGUCUUUUUAUCACAAGAUAAAAUUCUCAGUUUUACCCAUUGGAAAAGAACGACAAGUGGAUGAAAAAAGGAAAAGAUCUCAGUGAAUGUAAUGAUGAAACGUCAAGACCAUCGGAGAUGCUGAGAGGAACGGUGAUACGACAAAUAUAUUUUGCGACGUAGCUUAAGCAACGAUUAUUCGCGUACAGAACGGAGAAAGAGACAUGAGGGAAUUAUGGGACGGAAUUUCAUUACCGUAUUAGUCUGAAUAAAUACUCGAAGGAUUUCCGUAGGUAAGAUCGAUCGUGAGGUCCCAAUAGUCUGCUCGCGUUCGACAUCCAUCUUCCAGAGAACGAGGAGAUUUCCGAGUCUCUCACCCUUCCGUCUGCCUUCCUUCUCAACUUUCUCAUACUAUCUUUAUCUUUCACUUUCUCUCUCUUUCUCUUUUUCCGCUAUUGUCUCUUCUUUCCUCUCGCCUAUGGCGCACUUCCAAAUUCUCCUUUCCGAGUUGCCUGAGAAGUUUCAGUAGCUCACGUCAUCUCGCAGACAUAUUAUGCAUAACCCGACUGUCGAGUACCCGCAUCCACGAUCUGACAUCCACGAUCGUUUCACGUCUCUCGAAAGCAAUAACUUUGGCAAAUACGGGUGAUUCUGUUACAAGAGUUGAUUCAUCCUGCGAAGUCGAGCAGAACCAACGAGGGAAACGUGAUGAUCCGUAAGACUUACGGAAGAACCGAGACAUUGGUUAAAAGACACGAAUUCGUGUGAUAGACGCCAAUAAUGAGAGCGCAAACGUGUGAAAGGCAACUUUGAAGACAAUUCAAUGUCCGCUGAUUGGAAACUUGUCCAUAUCGUUGUCGAGAACUUUGACGAGCGUUUCCAAGAACAGCAAUUAAUGAUGACGAAUACGAAAGUGUAUAUCGCGCUACGUCUUAGACGCGAUCAACGAUUUCGUCGACGACGACCAGGUCAGAUAAUUCUAUUGACGAUAUCCGUGCCGUGAAGGAAAUAACCUUUUACGAGAGAAAAGGUGAUAGGAUCACCUUUAGGACCAUCGGUUGAAUCUCUCUUUUUCUCUCGUAUCGAUAGCGAUGAAAAUUUUAACGCGAUAGGAUGGGCAAAGCAAAUUGUGCCGUCGAUGAAUAAUUCACAAAGAAACAACGUAUCGCGAAGAUUAGACUAUUAAACUUCCGACAGUGUACUACGCAAUAUUUUACAUCCCAGGACGAUCUUUACGGUGAACGAGGAUUUCGGUGAUUCGUGAUUUCGGAGACCAUGGACAAGUCGCGUGAUCGGGCGAUCGACCGGCAGACAAGGAGCCGCUCAUCGACCAUAACCGGAAAGUUGGAGCCGGGAUGCUGCACGCCGUUAUGCUAGGUAGCGGUCCAGGACGGGGGAGACGCGAGUGGUAUCCAGGAUUUUAUCUCCAACGUCGUCGUCUUGGCUGUAGGAUGAAUCGCGGCGAGCAGGAGACUCUCUUCCGGCAAAGCCGACAGAUCACGCGGAUCGUACCUUCCCGCGAGGACCUUGUUUUGAGUGUCCUCAAGUCGCCAAUCAAUCAACAGCAGCAACAGCAACGACAACAGUGUCGACAUCCAUAUCAGUCGCACACCCAGGGUCACUUUAACUGCCAGGGUCAUCCGAAUAAUAGGAAGUGCAGUCAUUUAGGUGACAACGAGAGUCUUCCACGAAGCAAGGACCAAUGCUCUAGGCACGCCGAAAAGCGAUGCAGCGCCGCGACCGCCUACGCUGCUCUUCAGGGUAGCGAAGACGAGCUCGUGGCCGAACAGGGUCUUGAGGCGGAAGACAUCGCGUUGAAGACGCCCGGCAGUGAGACCGAGGACACCGAAGACAACGGCGCGAACGCGGAGGAAUCGCAUUCACCCGCGCGUCGUUUCACUUUCUUACGUCGCUUCCGUUCACCACGCUUCGGCGAGGCGCAUCAUAAGCGGGUGCCGACGCCCAUGAAACGGAAAUACCGUCGCAAAAAGAGCAAGGAGGACAUCAUUGAUGAUGACGUUGCUGGCGCCGAGGAGGAACCGCCGAGUCCUGAUCAGACCGGCAUGCCCGAUCCUUACUACCCGAUCUAUCUGCCGAUCGAUCAAGCCUUCAAGGCCAAGUACGUGUUCCAUCAUAAGAGGGGCAAGACUUUUCAGGAGCGCCUCUACGUAUUCCUCGAACAUCCUGGUGGUUGGCUGUGUUUUGUCUACCAUUUCGCUGUGUUCAUGGUGGUAUUGGUGUGCCUCAUAUUUAGCGUUUUGUCAACGAUAGAUCAAUACAGUAACUUCGCAAACGAAACUCUGUUUUGGAUGGAAAUAUGUCUCGUGGUGUUCUUCGGAGUUGAAUAUUUGGUUCGAUUAUGGAGCGCGGGCUGCAGAUCGAAGUAUAUGGGCUGCUGUGGACGGCUACGAUUCAUACGGAAACCGAUUUGUAUCAUAGAUUUAAUUGUCGUAGUAGCGUCCAUGGUAGUCUUGUCAGUAGGAAGCAAUGGUCAAGUAUUCGCCACUUCUGCCAUCAGAGGCAUUCGGUUUUUGCAGAUUCUGCGAAUGCUUCACGUCGAUCGUCAAGGUGGUACGUGGCGGCUUCUGGGUUCGGUGGUUUUCAUACAUCGUCAGGAGUUGAUUACAACACUGUACAUUGGGUUCCUAGGCCUCAUUUUCAGCAGCUAUUUCGUAUAUCUUGCCGAAAAAGAUGCAGUUGGACCGGACGGCAAAACAGACUUCGCGAGUUAUGCCGAUGCGCUUUGGUGGGGAGUGAUCACAGUAACAACGAUAGGUUACGGUGAUACAGUCCCGCAAACAUGGAUGGGAAAAAUAGUGGCCUCAUGUUUCAGCGUGUUUGCUAUAUCCUUUUUCGCACUUCCAGCAGGUAUUCUAGGUUCUGGCUUCGCACUGAAGGUACAACAAAAGCAACGACAAAAGCACUUCAAUCGGCAAAUACCGGCUGCUGCGAUGUUGAUACAGUGCCUAUGGAGAUGUUACGCCGCCGAUAAGGCCAUCAACAGCGUCGCUACGUGGAAUAUCUACAUCAAGGACCCGUCGCCGGCCGGUCAGCCAUCGACGCCCUUGGGCAAGUCUCUGAUGAUCCAGGUGGCAAAGAAGGCGAAUGUGCUGAAGAGGCGGAAAUCGCGGAACCGAAUGGACGUCCAGCAGCAACAACAGCCGGCUUUGCCGCCCGUCACGAUAUCGGGUGGCAUAUCAGCUGGUGCCGGGACUGGCCAGAACGACAAUCAACGUCUUGAGAACGAGGGCGAUGUGGUUUUUUACAUGGAGGAGCCCAAGGUGGGCACGCCGAAUCGUGCCAGACGUGACAAUCGCGUAUUUCCGGUUGGCAGGGGAAGUCUCUUCACCUCGCAGACGAGUUCGGUGACGGAGGCGACGAGCGACGAAAUUGAUAUCGACAUCGAAGAACCCCAGAGAGUAACCACGUUGACAGAGGCACACCGGAAUGCUAUUCGAGCAAUCAGGAAGAUCAAGUACUUCGUGGCUCGCAGAAAGUUUCAACAAGCUCGGAAACCGUACGACGUUCGUGACGUCAUCGAACAAUACAGCCAAGGUCAUCUAAACAUGAUGGUGCGAAUUAAGGAGUUGCAGAGGAGAUUGGAUCAGACCCUGGGUAAACCGGGGAGCUACCUGGCGGGAAUCGACCGGGCAGGCAACGUAAAACCCAUGACGAUUGGCGCGCGUUUAUAUCGAGUGGAGCAGCAGCUAUCUGUGAUGGACAAAAAGCUGGAUCAGUUGGUGCAUGUGUUAAAUGCGGUAGCGCAGAAGCAGCAGAUACCCCUGCGGAGUAUAGAGGAUGAUGUGUAACAGAGAGCCCCCGGUGAACUCGUGCAAUCAGUUUUACGAUUACCCGCGAUACCACGGAUCCUGCCUCGCGUUACUAUAACUACAGUGACGCCAAAUAUGUUCAGCGAGGGCUCUUAACAAGGGAGAUGGCACGCGCUCGAUAAUGCUGUCCCGAGCAUGUCUGGAAAGUACAAAUAUUAUAGCGAACGCUAUUCGAUUCCAUUUGAUUCUCGAGAGACUACAAUCGGAAGACUGUGACAUCGAAGAGAUCGCUAUUAGUAUUGGCAACUCUGGCGAUCUUUGUAAUUCCAUCGUGGCCACAGAGGUUCAUUCUUUGCUUAUUCUCGAUCUUAUAACUCGAUGGAAUUAUGAUCGUCGUCAUCACUGCCAUCGCUAUCAUGUCAUUAGGGGGAGAACGAUAUCUUCUUCGGAGUAAUACGUUGAAAUACGUCAGAAUUGAGGCUGAGAGGAGUCCUCAAGUGUAAACGCAAACGACGAAGUCAAACGCACAGGAUGGAUAAUCGAAUUAAUGAUGAACGAAUCAGGCGCUGAGCUAAGGUAUAGAAACCGUAGAUUGCGGUUGCUGUACGCAUGAUGAUAUUUCUUUAAACGGAAACGAAAGUAUCACGAGGUAAUCGUGCGAUUAUCAAAGAAAGAGGGCGAAGAAAUAUAUUAUUCAAUAACGAUA